CUUCUAUCGCCCGGACAUGUUCAUAUAUAUGUCGUGUCUUGCCGUCCUUCAUAUCCCCUUGCUGGAUUUUAUAUCUCGCUCUGGUUCGUGUUUCCAUGGCCCCUGUCCUACUUCUUUCAGAUACUAGUGUAGGCAAGGACAAAAAAAGAUUAAUUCUCUGCAUGACUAAGCUCUUCCCACAUCUUUCCUUGUGUCCUUCCUCCUACUCUAACACCUUAUAGCUUAUUAGUGUAGGUACAGAGGACAGGCCAUAGUUUUCAGUACAUCCAUACUGUUGUCAUUGUUGUUUAUAGCAUCAACAGUCAGGUCAGGGCUGGAGAAGGCUUGGAAUAAAAUUUAAAUCGUCAUGUCACCAUAUCAUAAUCUUAUGUGUUUAUAAUGGUUUGAUUUUCACAAAGUCUCGAAAAUUAUUAAUUAUUUAUCUUUAAUUAUUUUGUGCUUACAUUGUUUCAUGACCACAAUAUUUUUGUUAAACUAUUUGUUAUGUUGUGAUUUUUUAUUUAUUUUGGAACCUAUAGUAUUGAUGUAUAAAGCUGAUGUAAAGGACAUUUUGUUCUUUUCCUCCGUAUACACUGACGUUUAGAACACUGACUAUAGCGUAGUUUUCUGUGUAAAAAAAUAUAACGGUGGUUCAGUACUAUGUAGGGUAAAACGGGAAAAAUGAGGAAUAGGUUGCCACCUUGUGUCCAGAUAAAUUGUGCUCCACACAAAAAGAGUGCAGUGACGUCAAUGCCGCGUCACAUGUAGGACGCUGUGCGUUGCAGAAGUGAGGGGGUGACGGUCUCCUGAGGCUUAGCCCACGGAGCUGACAGCGUGUUGCACUUGGUUGAUUGGAAAGGUCAGGCUUUCUGUGUCGCUGUGGAGGGAGGGAGGGGGGCAGAGGGGGCAGUAGGCACUAACCCUAAUGUAUAGUGUGUGUCAAAGUGAAUACGCUGCUGCAGUAUGAUGCAUAUCACCAGUGUGUGGACAGACGAUCUACAGCGAUGGACAGCAUUUGGAAAAAAAAAAAACGAUAGCCAGAAAAGAUAAAGAUCCAACUGAAGUCGCAUCAACUGGAAUAAUAAUAAUAGCAAUAAUAAAAAAAACAGUCUGUGCUCAGUGCGUGCGUGUUGCUAUAGAUACGAACGAGCUGCGGAGGAGAGGAGAGCUGUAGCAGAAGGUCUGGCCUAUAGGAGGGCGUUCAGAGAACACCCUUCCCCCAUCUCACUCACACACGGACACUAUAGUACACACCCUUACAGUACGUACUCUCACAUACGGGCCUACACACACACACAGACACACACAGACACACACACUCCUGAUGACUAAAAUUAAGAAAACAAUAAAAACAUAAGUAUAUCCUGGGUUUUAUAAUGUAUUUAAUAAUGCAUUGAAUUGUCCUGAAUCAGCUGCCAUUUAUGACCCCCCCCCCCCCACCGCCUCACCUCCUCCUCUCUCACUCACUGCUGUUGUUGCACCAUUUCUCCUUCAACGUCAUCACGUGAUACGUGAACCACAGACAUAAUGAGUGUGCGAGCACAUUUGCUCACUUCGUUAAUUAUUCAAAGCCCACAGUCAGCUAAUAUUGUUUAUUUUGAUUAACCAUCCGUUUAUAGAUGAUCAAUUAUUCAGUUCAAAAAAACAAUUCUUGUUUCCUCAGGACAUGGAGUUUUACCAGUGCGUAGUAAAUGUCUGUAAAUUACAAUCUGGAUUAUUGCUCACAUUAGGGUUGUGUUGAUGAAUAUUACUUCAUCAAUAGUACCAGCACAAUUGGACUUGUGUACUUUUACCAAUUAUUAUCUCCAGUUUCUCCACUGGUGUCGAUAGACCUUUAAACAGAGAGUUGCUCUUCUCUGCACCUUCUCUCCUGAACAUUUUAGUUUCAUCGAAUGGUAGCAUUUUCUAUUGUCUUGGUACCAAAUGAUGAGAUUUGCACAGCACAUUGCCAAAAUAACUCUUUAAAAAACAAAAAAAAACCCCUUGACUCCUCUCCCAGGCUGUGCAGAGUGUCAUCAUCCUAAUGUCUCACUGAUUCUCUGAGAAGCAUAAUCCAGGAUAACGGUCUGAAAGUCACGCCACCAAAGGCACUGACCUACAAAUGAUGAAUCAAAUAUGAUUAUGGGUCAUAUUGGUCUGAUGAAUCAGGUGUGAUAAAUCAUGUAGGACUAAUAGUUUUUAUUGUAGUUGCCAAUUAGCAGGGAAUUCUUUAGGAAAGGGGUGGGGGCUAUUGUUGAUACAGUUUAGAGUUGAUAAAAUAACUUCAGCACCUCCUGUGUUGGUUAAUAAUGUUUCAAACCAAAAUGAGUUUUCCACAGGAUGGAAAUAUAGGACAUGGGUUUCUGAAUCCACAGAUUAAUCCUGGGAUUAUAAAUGAGGCAAUGGGCCUGAGUGUAUUACACUAGACAUAUAGGAAAAUUGAUAAACUGUGCUGAAAUGAACUAUGGCAGACAGGGAGCCAUGUGAUGUGUUCUUCAUGCAGGCAUAAAAUAGUGUAUGACUGAUAAAUUAUUUGGCCCCGAAAUUGAUAUAGACAAAGUCAGAGACUAUGUUGAUUUGAAUUUGGAACAAUUCUAGUUUUUUAAUAGAAUCUGGCUUCACUGAAGUAUCGCUUGACUUGUCACCACCUGUGAAUGUAUGUGACCAUCCUAUAGUGUUAAAAGUCAGAAAUUAUCUGAGAGUGAUGGACUUUCGACAGGGAGAGAACAGAGGAUAAAUAUUGAGAAUAAAAGAGGACGCAAGUGGAUACGAGGAGAAUAAUAUAGGGAAAAUCAAGAAAGAGACAUUGGAAGAGCGAGGGGCAAAAGAAAAGAAAGGGAGAAGAGUUUUUUAGGCAGCAACAUGAAUACGUGUGCAUGUGACCCUUUUCACCACUUGGCGUCACUGUUGAUCCAUCAGAGACAGCUCUACACUCUGAAACAACAACUGGACAAGUCCCUCCCGUUUUGAGGCGCGAGGGGCGCUUCCUCGGUCUUUGUUGUAAAGAGAUGGGAGGGUGGAACAAUCACAUCAUGUCCAAGUAUACAAACCCUCACCUCGGCUGAUUUUUCCCCCCUGCUGGCUUCAAUUUUGUGCGUUCAUUUUCACCUGGAAAAAGAAAAAAAUGUCUUCCAUUUGUAGGAGGAAAUAUCUGGGAAUAUGUCUCUGGUUUUUGCUUUUGAAUUUUUAUUGGGAAACUGUGUGUGGGCAGCUGUCGUAUUCCGUGUCGGAGGAGUUAAAACCUGGAAGCUCUGUUGGAAAUAUUGCUAAAGACUUGAACCUUAAUCCACAGGACUUGGAAUACCGUAAGUUUCAGAUCGUUACUGGAUCCAAAAGGAAAUUCUUCGAGGUAAACCUUAAGACUGGUGUCCUUUAUGUCAGUGAGAGAAUAGACAGGGAGGAGCUGUGUGCGGAGGAGCUCAAGUGUACACUCAGUGUAGAGGCUGUCAUUAAUAACCCGUUGAAGCUGUAUCGUAUUGACGUGGAUAUUUUAGAUGUUAAUGACAAUGCCCCUUUGUUUACCACCGAUCUGCAGCAUUUGCAUAUUGCAGAGAGCACUUUGCCAGGAGUGAAAUUCGCGUUAUCUGAAGCAACGGAUGCAGAUGUGGGGAAAAACGCAGUCAGCACGUACAAGCUGAGCCAAAAUGAGCAUUUCUCGUUGGCAGUGCACAAAUCAGGUGACGGUGUGUCUGCAGAGUUGGUGCUGCAAAAAGCCGUGGACCGAGAGAAGCAGCCUGUGGUCACGAUGACACUGACGGCUGUAGACGGGGGGAGUCCUCCGAAAUCUGGUACCUCAAAGAUAAUAAUUCACGUUUUAGACAAUAACGAUAACCUCCCGAUAUUCAGCGAAGCUCUGUAUAAAACCAAGCUAUUAGAAAACAGCCCCAUAGGCACGACGGUGAUCUCAGUGAAUGCCACGGAUGCAGACGAAGGCCUGAACGGCGAAAUUGUUUACUCGCUUAGAAGCAAAGAUCAGGACCGUGUCCUUGAUAUAUUUGAAAUUGAAAGUCAAACCGGUGUCAUUCAUGUAAAAGACAACGUAGACUUCGAGGAAAGAAAGGCGUUCGAGAUACGCGUGGAGGCCACCGACAAAGGACAGCCUCCAAUGUCGGCUCAUUGUAAAGUGCUGGUCGAAGUGGUGGACCUGAACGACAACGCGCCUGAAAUCACAGUCACGUCGCUGUUAAACACUGUAAAAGAGGAUACUAGUGUGGGUACAGCUGUCGCGCUCGUGUCAGUCGUGGAUAAGGACGGCGGAAAAAACGGCGAGGUGAACGUCCACAUUGAAAACGCGGCGCCGUUCAAGCUCGACACCAACUAUAAAAAUUAUUACUCCUUAAUAGUUGACGGGCCGCUGGAUAGAGAGGCGGUUUCUAUAUACAACGUCACCAUAGCUGCGAGAGACAAAGGAGAGCCAGCACUCUCCAUCACCAGUGUGGUUUCCAUCCGCGUAUCGGAUGUUAACGACAACGCACCGAAGUUUCCCGAGUCUUUCAUUAAUGUGUAUGUGAAUGAAAACAGUCCAGUGGGGAAGAUGAUGAAGUCGGUGACUGCCACUGAUGCUGAUAUUGACCAGAACAGUCAGCUAACAUAUUCAAUUUUGCCAAACAAAGAUGACUUAAUGCACCUGUCAACAAUGGUAAACAUCAACUCAGAGACGGGAGAUGUAACCAGUCUGCAGGCGUUCAACUAUGAGGAGUUAAAAACGUUUCAGUUUAAGGUCCAGGCCACAGACUCCGGUGUUCCUCCGCUCAGCAGCAACGUGACCGUAAAUGUUUUUAUUUUAGAUCAAAACGACAACAAACCAGUGAUUCUUGCGCCAUAUUCUGAGCACGGGUCAAUUUACAGUGAGACCGUCCCUUAUAAUGUUGAAGCAGGACACAUAGUGGCUAAAAUCAGGGCUGUAGACGCAGACUCUGGAUACAACGCACUUCUUUCUUAUCACCUCACUGAGACCAAAGGAAACAACCUGUUUCGGAUCGGAACCAGCACUGGAGAAAUUAAGACUAAGAGGAGAAUGAGUGACAAUGACCUGAAAACCCAUCCAUUGGUUAUAAUGGUCUCUGACAGUGGAGAACCUUCUCUGACAGCUACUGUGUCUGUAGAGGUGGUGGUGGUUGAAAGCUCAGCUGACAUCCAGACUCAGUUCAGACACGUGCCCAUUAAGAAGGAUAACUUCUCUGAUCUAAACCUAUAUCUGCUAAUUGCCAUCGUGUCAGUGUCGGCCAUCUUUCUACUGAGCCUCAUUGUUUUGAUCGUGUUUAAAUGCCACCGGAAAGACAACACUUUCAACGGAUACGGUGCUCCUAUGAUCACCACGCAUCCCGACGGCAGCUGGUCUUACUCUAAAGCCACUCAGCAGUAUGACGUGUGUUUCAGCUCAGACACGUUAAAGAGUGACGUAGUGGUUUUCCCUCCAUUGUAUCCGCAACUAGAUGCGGAACUCAUCAGUAUAAACGGAGGAGAAACGUUUUCCGGGACUCAGACUUUGCCAAACAAAGAGAAGCCCAAAGCACCAAAUUCGGACUGGAGAUAUUCAGCCUCACUGAGAGCAGGAGGAGUAAUGCAGAGUUCUGUGCACAUGGAGGAGUCCUCGGUAAUGCAGGGAGCCCAGGGAGUCCUGGUUCAGAACUGGCCGACUGUGUCCAGUGCUGCAGAUGGUGAAGGAGGAGAGGUGUCGCCCCCAAUGGGUGCUGGUGUAGACAGCAACAGUUGGCAUUUUCGCUAUGGCCCAGGAGGACCAGGUGCACCCCCACAGCAUCUGAAGCCUGGCGAGGUUCCCCCAGAAGCCUUCAUCAUACCUGGCUCACCCGCCAUAAUAUCCAUCAGACAGAACCAGGGCGGAGAUGAUGACAAGAGUGACUUCAUCACCUUCGGAAAGAAGGAGGAGGCCAAGAAGAAGAAGAAAAAGAAGAAGGAAAAGGAAAAGAAAGACAAAAAAGAUAAGGGGAAGGAUGACGGCGAUGAGUAACGAAGCAGAAGGAGAAAAUAAAAACAAAGUAGGAAAGGGCAACGUUAAAACAGAGGUACCAAACAAAGUCCAAUGGGCAAGAAGAACUUUUAGUUUUACCUAUUUUACACUAUCAAAACAUAUUCUGUUAGUGGCCAGGCCUUAUCAAGAUUAGUUCCACCUUCAGUUCCAUGCUAAGGUACCGAUUGAUCUUGACUUGAUAAAAGAAAAAAUAACAUUGAUGUUUCUCCACGCCCUUAUGUGCCUAUGAAGCCAGAGUCAUGUCUUGUAGGUUAUUAUGUUAAGUAGCCACUCUUGCUCUUGUCUUGAAAUUUGUCCCUUAACCCAGUGGUUACGUUGGCACCUCUGUCUUACCCCCUGCCCAACUACGAUGUAUAAACAGUUGUCUCGGUGAAGAGACAAUUUUUUUUGUGCCAGCCAAGAAAAAGAGGAACGAGGAAAAUGAUUAGGCAAAUGAUUAAUACACUCUGAAGCUGGACACACACUUACUUGUAAAUAGCACAGAUGAGGGUCACUGAAACCAAGACUAACAUGAUCAAAUGUCAACGCUCCAGAAUUACCUUCAGUGUUUCCUACGAUUGCAAUGAAACCACAUGCCAACACACGCAUGCUCACAUAUAACAGAAACAUGUAAACAAAAAAUUACCAACACGUGCAAAGGCAAAAAGGGGGACACAAAAUCACCCGUGAGGAGAGAAAUACAAAUGAGAGAGACAAUAAUGUCGGCCAAAUGUGCUCGAAAGUUGCGCUUCUUGCUCUGCACAGUCACCUGGUUACGGUGAACGGUUUUAUAUCAGCUCUCGGAGGAUGGAAGCAGCAUCCUCUUAAAAUCACCUGAAAAAAACUCUGUCUUUGGAAGACAGAGCUCCAUCUCCUGCCGCAGCCCAAACUGAGGACGGCAGAGACCCCUGAAGGAUGACAAGGUGCAUGGCAGACGGGAGGAGUCUUGCCAAUCUUUCUUCUGACUUUCUCCUGACACUUCUUCCAUUGAGAGGACUUUGAUGAAACCAAAUCAAGACAUCAAGAGAGUCUAUAAAAAAACCCUCUCCAAAUGCUUUCUGCUUUGAAUGUCUGGUGGCAGUCAGUCCUCCAAUACCUUGAGUGCACGACUGCCCACCUGCUUGUGCUUGCCCGAGUUGCACCAAGCAACAAGCCAUUCUCUCCUCCUCCAACCUGGGCUCUUCCUCACGGUCACACGUCCCCGCCGUUUGCCGCCUAAUCUGGGGAUUUUGUAAACAUUUUGAUUUUAAUGUUAUUCUCCAAAGAGCUUUGUUGCUGCAAGAUGUUUUUUUUUUCUUAAUUGACUUUUAUUUGCGUGCAGUGUUUACCCUAAAACAGCCCUGUCUUCUGGCUCCCACUGCACAGGAAUAUAUCUGCAAAUGGCCUGCUCUGAACAUUGUGGUGUGCUAAAAAUAGCAUGGAGUAAUGUGGACAAGGCCUGGGGAAACCCAGUUGGGGUCUCAACCCUGAUUUCCUGUCAGAUGAGUUCAACUUGGUUCAUUGCUUUUAAAAUUGUAAACAUGAUUUUCAUUUUUUUUUUUUGUCUGUGUAGCCGCUAAUGAGAGGGAACCAGGUGGAAAGAAUCAUAUUACAGAGGUGAAGAACUCCAGCAGACCUUCCCUCCAUGUAAAAAAAAUAAAAUAAAAUUCACAUUGAUUGUUCAAGACUGUUGAGUCAUUUAGUAUUAGCUUUUAUGUACGCUGUAAAUGUAAGGGUAGACAUUUCAUGUAUUGUCUUAAAUAUUGAUCCUUGCUAAAAUAUGGCCAUGGGAAUCGGGGUAUUCCUAUUUGACCGCUGUGUUCCACCAAUCCUCUCUCAGGAGCUUUUGAAACUCGGGCGCACACGCCCCCAAAAACCUGCUUCUGUUGAUUCCCUUCCCUGCCUGUAUCAUGUUGUCACAUCCCCCUAAGGUUUUACGGCUCAGUAUGACGUCACUCCAUUAAGUGGCUGCUGCAUGUACUGCUGUAAGGAAACACUUACUAUAUAGAGAAAUAUAUAAAUAGAUAGAUGGCUAUGAUUUUAUUUUAUUUUUUGUAUGAUCAUUUUAUCUUCAUUAUUGAUGAAAGAGGUAUUUGUAUGAACUUCUGUCUCGCCGAACAUCUACUCACUACAAUCUCCACUCCUGACAGAUGUUGUAUGACGUCCACUCAAACCUUUUUAGAUAUUUGUAAAUGCUGUAGCGUGAUACCUUUCAGCUCAAUCUUUUUUUCUCUCUCUCUCUUUUCCGACUCCAAUUUUUGCUUUUGAAAAAAGCAAAACAAGAAAAAAGAACAAAAAAAAAGACACUCUGGCUUUGACAUGAUGAUCUAACAAAAACUCUACUACUAUUGUAACUGAAAUAUGUAUGAUGAGCUAUCACUUCUUCUUUCACUCAUUAAAAUAAAAAAAAAUGACUGAAAAAAUAGUCCAGUGUAAAAAAAAAGGGUAUGUGUAGUAUCUUAUCGUGUUUAGUGAACAUUCAUGCUGUCAUUCUUUUCGAGUAUGGUGAUGAACUACGACGGCUUGCUGCUGUCUUCAAUGGAUCAGCCCGGAUCUGUGGUAAAACUUUUAUUUUUCUUUGUACACACCCACUCAUCAAAUGUAAGAGUGAUGUAGUGAAAGUCAUUUAUUUCAUUAAUUUUCUGACUUUUUUUAUUUUACCUAAAUGGAUACAGUGGUAAUGUGUUUUGUUAAAAAAAAUCACUAAUAAAGUUUUCUUUCUAAAA